CCCGGUUUUCUCACAACCCAUUUACUCUUUUUUUUUUCUUUACUUCCUAAACUUUUCUUUGUUGCAGUUGGAAAUGAACCCUUUACGUAUUCUUGCCCGUCGUGCAUAUUCAACCAUUCAUACUACCGGUCGUCCUGGAAUUACAAAUGGCUUCAUUGGUGCCAUUGGUAACACUCCUCUUAUUCGUUUAAACAGACUCAGUGACGAAACUGGCUCUGAAAUCUUAGCUAAAGCUGAAUUUAUGAAUCCCGGUGGUUCAGUAAAGGAUCGUGCUGCUUUAUUUGUUGUAAAGGAUGCCGAAGAAAAAGGAUUAAUUAAGCCCGGAGGAACUGUUGUUGAGGGUACUGCAGGUAACACUGGUAUUGGUUUGGCUCAUGUCUGUCGUGCCAAGGGUUACAAGUGUGUCAUUUACAUGCCUAACACUCAGUCUCAAGAAAAGAUUGAUUUAUUACGUAUGCUCGGUGCUGAAGUUCACCCUGUUCCCGCUGUUGCUUUUGAUAACCCAGAAAACUAUAAUCAUCAAGCUAAGCGUCAUGCUGAUUCCCUCGAUAAUGCUGUUUGGACUAAUCAAUUCGAUAAUACCGCCAAUCGUCGUGCUCAUAUUGAGACCACUGGACCCGAGAUUUAUGCUCAAACUAAUGGUGAGGUAGAUGGAUUUGUCUGUGCCACUGGAACCGGUGGAACCCUUGCUGGUACCGCUCGUUACCUUAAGGAUAUGAAGGGAGAUAAUGUCAAGAUCUUUUUGGCUGAUCCUCCUGGAUCUGUUCUUCACAGUUAUUUCACAAGUGGCCACAAAUUAUUUGAGCGUAGUGGAUCUUCCAUUACCGAGGGUAUCGGUCAAGGUCGUAUCACUGAUAAUUUGGCUCCUGAUGUUGAUAUUAUUGAUGGAUCACUAACCAUUCAAGAUGAGGACACUAUCAAGAUGCUUUACCGUUUAUUGGAUGAAGAGGGUAUUUAUCUCGGUGCUUCUUCUGCUCUUAAUGUUGUAGCCGCUGUUGAAAUGGCUAAGCAACUUGGAAAAGGUAAAAAGAUUGUUACAAUUUUGUGCGACGGAGCCUACAGAUAUCAAUCCCGUCUCUUCAGUCGUAAAUGGUUAGAAUCCAAAAACUUGUCUUCUGCAAUUCCUGAGCACUUGCAAAAAUAUGUUGUUUUACCAUAGAAAUAGAUCUUAGACAUAACUAAUAAUAAUAAAAUCAGUACAGGUCGAUCUCUUGUCUCAUUGAUUA